AUGUCUUCUAUGCGAGGACUCGUCCAGUUCAUCGCAGACCUGCGCAAUGCGCGGGCGCGCGAAUUGGAGGAGAAGCGCGUCAAUAAGGAGCUGGCCAACAUCCGACAGAAAUUCAAAGCUGGCAAUUUGAACGGCUAUCAGAAGAAGAAAUAUGUCUGCAAGCUGCUUUACGUCUACAUCCAGGGCUACGAUGUCGACUUUGGUCACCUGGAGGCAGUCAAUCUCAUCUCUUCGAAUAAAUACUCCGAGAAGCAGAUCGGCUAUCUGGCCGUGACCUUGUUCUUGCACGAGGAGCACGAGCUGCUUCAUCUGGUCGUGAACAGCAUUCGGAAAGACCUGUUGGACAACAAUGAAUUGUUCAAUUGUCUGGCGCUGCAUGCUGUGGCCAAUGUGGGUGGUCGGGAACUCGGAGAAGCAUUGGCGACCGAGGUCCACCGACUCCUGAUCUCACCGACCUCUAAGGCGUUCGUCAAGAAAAAGGCCGCCCUCACAUUGCUCCGACUGUACCGCAAGUACCCAGGAAUCGUGCGGAACGAAUGGGCCGAACGUAUCAUCUCGAUCAUGGAUGACCCCGACAUGGGAGUCACGCUAUCCGUCACCUCGCUCGUUAUGGCGCUCGCGCAGGACAUGCCCGAAGAAUACAAGGGCAGCUACGUGAAAGCGGCCCAGAGGCUGAAGCGAAUCGUGGUGGACAACGAUAUCGCACCCGACUAUCUUUACUACCGAGUUCCAUGCCCAUGGAUUCAGGUCAAACUACUGCGCCUACUGCAAUACUAUCCCCCCUCGCAGGACAGCCAUGUCCGCGAGAUUAUCCGAGAGUCCUUGGCGCAGAUCAUGCAGGCCGCCAUGGAAACGCCCAAAAACGUCCAGCAGAACAAUGCUCAAAAUGCCAUUCUCUUCGAAGCCAUCAACCUCCUCAUCCACCUUGACUCUGAGCACACACUUAUGAUGCAAAUCUCCUCUCGUCUGGGCAAAUACAUCCAGUCUCGCGAGACCAACGUCCGGUACCUGGGUUUGGAUGCCUUGACCCAUUUCGCUGCUCGAGCGGAAACACUCGAUCCCAUCAAAAAGCAUCAAAACAUUAUCCUGGGUUCUCUUCGAGACCGAGAUAUUAGUGUCCGUCGUAAGGGUCUGGAUCUACUGUACAGCAUGUGCGAUACCACCAAUGCGGGCCCAAUUGUCAACGAGCUACUGCGCUAUCUGCAGACCGCUGACUAUGCCAUUCGUGAAGAGAUGGUGCUGAAGGUCGCUAUUCUGACUGAAAAGUACGCCACUGACGCACAAUGGUACAUCGAUAUGACCCUGAAGCUGCUGUCGCUAGCUGGUGACCACGUCAACGAGGAAGUUUGGCAGCGAGUCAUUCAGAUCGUGACGAAUAAUGAAGAGCUGCAGGCUUAUGCCGCUCACACGCUACUCGGGUAUCUCAAGACCGAUUGCCACGAAAGCUUAGUGAAGAUCGGCUGCUAUGUACUUGGCGAGUUUGGCCAUCUAAUCGCGGAUAAUCCUGGAUCAAGUCCUAUUGAGCAGUUCCUCGCCCUACAGGCCAAGAUGUUCACUGGAUCUGAUAAUGCUCGAGCCAUGAUCUUGUCUUCCUUUGUCAAGUUUGUCAACUUGUUCCCUGAGAUCAAACCGCAACUGUUGCAGAUCUUCCGCCUUUACAGCCACUCCCCCGAUUCCGAGUUGCAGCAACGAGCAUUCGAGUAUCUCUCGCUGGCAACACUCCCCACGGAUGAUCUUCUUCGGACAGUUUGUGAUGAAAUGCCGCCAUUCUCCGAGAGGACGUCCAUUCUUUUGUCUCGGCUGCAUCAGAAGACGGCGGGUACCAGCGAGAAGAAGACCUGGGUCGUUGGUGGCAAGGACGCCAAUGCGGACAAGCAAGAAGUUCUCAUGGCACAGAACACCGGCCUCAAGCGCACGUUCACUACCAUCGUCAACGGUACACGCAAAGCAUCCAAUGGAGGAACUACUCCCACCAGCGCCACCAGUGCUUCGGGUGAUCUGGCCGGUCUGGACUUUAGCGGUCCCUCGGCCCCUCCUCCUAACCUAGCCAGUGCCGCACAUUUGACCCCAGAUUGGGACAUUGGCUACAACCGACUCUACUUCUCGCACGAGGGUGUGCUCUUUGAAGAUGCACAGAUCCAGGUUGGACUACGGUCAGAGUACCGUGGUCACAUGGGUGUCGUGAAGAUGUACAUUUCAAACAAAUCCGCCUACGCCAUCAAUUCCCUGACCACGACCCUCGAAAACCCAGCUGCACCAAACCUGAAGAUCGACACCAAGAACCUCCCCGAUUCAAGCGUUCCUGCAGCUGGGCAGACCCAGCAGACUAUCUUCUGCGCGUCGCACGGCCCCUUCUCGGAUGCCCCCACCAUCCGUAUCUCCUACCUGGCCGGUGCUCUGCAGGCAUAUACCCUGCAGCUGCCAGUUCUGAUGCACCGAUACAUGGAGCCGUCGUCGCUGUCCGCAGAGGACUUCUUCAAGCGUUGGCGCCAGAUUGGUGGUGGCCCUCUGGAGGCGCAGAAGACCUUUGGCCUCAGCGGCAAGAACAAGGUGACCAACGAGGCGUAUACUCGACAGAUGGUGGAAGGAUUUGCGUGGAAGAUCCUGGAUGGUGUCGAUCCGAACCCGAAGAACAUUGUCGGUUGUGGUGUGUUCCAGUUUGAAGGGGGAAAGACGGGCUGUUUGUUGCGACUGGAGCCCAACUAUGAGAAGUCGAUGUACCGAGUUACCAUCCGCGCCACGAAAGAAGGUGUGCCGCAGGGAUUGGCGCGACAGAUGGAGCAGAAACUAUCUCAGGGAACUACGAGAGAUGCCUAUGACUAA